UUCGCUCAAAACAUCAUGGAACAUAACCAUGUUGAAAUGUCAAAUGCUUUGGUUGCAUUAACACCUGAAGGUGCUUCCAUUCCGAUGCCUAAACUCAAAAAUAUUAGUCGGCUCAGAACCGAACAUCAUGUCUAUGAGCUUCCAGAUCAUCAUCCUCUUCUAGAUGGGUUGGAAAAAAAGAGAUCCAACCGAUCCCCUGCUCUUACCUUUUGGCCAUGUGGACACCCUGUAAAACUGCAAGCUCUAUUCACCCCCCAGAAAGGCUAUGUAAUUCCCAAUAACUUGGCAAGCUAUGUCAUGAGGAAACUUGCUUUGCAUGCAAUAGCUUCCGAGAAGCAGAAUCUCAAACUGUGCGUGGGACAAUUCUGAUACCCUGCCGAACAACAAUGAGAGGAAGCUUUCCCUUAAAUGGCGCAUACUUUCAGUUCAAUGAGAUGUUCGUUGAUCAUGAAUCCAGCCUAAACCCAAUUGAUGUUCC